AUGUAUAAUUAUAAAAUUUGUAAUCAAAUAUGCUGUAAAUUGAAUUAACUAUAAGUAUUAUUAAAAAAAUAGGAAANAUUAGAUUCCCCAUAAGAUGCUGUAGUAGCCAAUCAAUACAAAACCUAAAAAGAUUUAUUUGUUAAAACAGCAAAGUAUGUAAUUUAAUUAUUUCAUAGAGAAUGGACAUAAAAUUAUGCAUCAAAAAAUAAGUAAGAGGAGAAGGUGUAAAAUUUAGUCAAUUUAGGUUUUGAAGUAGGCAAAGUUAGGGUAAAUAAUAGUAAUUAAGUGAAAUAGGAAGCUCUCCUUAGAUUUGGAUAUGAUGAAGAAUAAGCAGCAAACUUUCUUUUAGGAGGUUGA